AGAAUAACAAUGGCACACUUACCCCUGAGGCCUUCACGGUUGUUGCUACCGGUCUUUCGCGGGAAUCCCCCACGUGUUUCUUCAUGUGAAGAUUCGUGGAUAAUAAAAAAUAAUGGUACUGCUGCCACCCCUCCAAUGGGCGAAUGGUUCAGUCCGGUGAGCGGCUCCGGUAGCUCCUCUGGGUUUGCCGUGACGCGCUGGUGUUUGGCGGAACAGAGCCGAGGGGUCCACACAAGAGGGACAGCCGUCCAACACACACUCUUUAAGAGAAAGCACAAUGGAUGAAGAGGAGCAGUUUGUGAACAUCGAUCUGAACGAUGACAAUAUCUGCAGUGUCUGCAAACUAGAGACGGAGACGGGGACCAUGUCUUUCUGCCAUGUCUGCUUUGAACUCAGCAUUGAAGGUGUUUCCUCUGCCACCUUGUUGCACUCAAAGUCCCUGCGCGGCCACAGAGACUGCUUUGAGAAAUGUCACCUCAUCGCCAACCAAAAGCUGUCACGUUCCAAGGUCUCCCGAAGUGCCUACGAGGGCAUGAAGCUGGCUUUCAGCCAGAAACUGAACCGCAUCAUCCAGUACGCCCAGAACAAAGACUCUGUCUCCUCAAACGGCCCCAGCAGACGAGGGGCCAAGCUCCUUUGUUACAGCCAGCAGAGUGACUGCAAGCUGCUGCCCCAGUCGGACGCCCAGGUGCCCCGCUACACGCCGUGCUGGGACGCGGGCAAAGCAGUGGGGCUGCCUGAAUACACCAUGCGGAUGUUGGAGUGCCGCACAGUGGAGGAGCUGGGACUGCUGCAGGAGUCACAAUCUGACGUGUGGUCCAGUGACGGCAGGAAAGGCCUGCACAGCCGGAACCAGUUGUCGGGAGGAGGACAAACACUGCACAGACAACAGGGCAGCAGCAGAGAUGAACUGACUAAAAUGAGUGUGGACGAACUCCAUCAGCUGAACGGCCAGCUACUGAUGCAGAUUCAAAAGGUGUUUGAGGAGCUGACCGAGGCCGUGCAGGAAAAAGACUCGCUGGCUUCAGAGCUUCACGUGCGUCACAUCGCCAUCGAGCAGCUCUUCAAGAACUGCGCCAAGCUGCCCUGGCUGCACAUCAGCAGGGCCGGGGUCAAGGCCGGCAGCAGCAGCACCGGCCCUGUGGAGUGAGGUGCAAGGUGGGGGCUUCUGUCUGCUCCGCUGGGAGGACACUAAUAAACACUUUAAAGUCCUGGCUGCGGAGCUUAACAAGCCUUUAUGUACAUUGAGUGACUUCUACGACACCGUGGUGGCGUCUAGUUGUCAGACCUGCUUUAGAGCAGCAUUAACGGCUGGAUUGACACGGCCUCCGUUCUCCUGUUGCAGUGAUGAUGCAAGGAUUAAUGGUGGCUUGCAGUUUAAAUCACAUUGCUGGUCUGGCAUGUGACCUGAAUUCAACCCAUCUCAUGUAGCCAGGAUGCAUGUGAAUACCAGGUGGAAUGGGAAAUCAGGGUUUCCUGGCCCCGGCACACUGCAUAGACAUCUUACACCUUUAUUACAGACUGAAAAAAAAAUGAUCUCUAUAAUUUUACAGAAAUGAUUGCUUUGGUUUUAUCCUUUUUUUAGUUUGUUGUCAAACAUUUUAGUUUUUCAUUGUUUGGACGUGGAUAUUCAAAUACUGCUUAAUACUCCUAUAUAUGUUACCUUAUAGUUCUCUGUAAAAAGUGGUGAGUUACAGUAUUUUUAUGACAUGGGUUGGUGCAGAAUACUCUAUGCGGAUUAGCUGGAAAAUGUCAUAUACAUACCACCAGGCACUGCCAGGAGUGUUUGAUUACUAUUCUAAUGUUAAGCAUGAAAGAGGUUUUAGCUUUUUCUUGCAGCUGCACACCGGCAAUAUAAUUGCUUAAAACAGGAGUUUUCAACUUGCCUUUAAACUGCCCUAGCUUGACUUGAUAUUUUAUGAACUGUGGUGAUCAGAUAGAAAAUAAAUAGUAAAAUACAUUUCAACACAUUGAUGAAGAAUUGAGUCUAAUCUGGAAAAGAGUGCAAAAAAAGUGCAAGACAACACCCCCAAAUCCCCUUAAGCAUCUCCUCAACAAAGAUAAAUUACAAGUGUGAAAGUCAACAGGGCUAUACAAGCCGUGCUGGUUUUCGUUUGUAAGGGUGAUGAUGACUAUUUUGGGAGUGUCCAUUGAAAUAACACUUUGUAACAGCUGGCAAGCAGCAAGUGGAAAUAGCAGUUAAUAUACCUGCGGCUUUAAGUGAUAGGUAUUUUGUAUUUAAUUUAGAAACUAUUAUUGCUGGUGAGAUUUCCUUGAUAUUUUUAGCAAAGAGCUGUCUGGCUGUCAAGCACAAGUCGUAUGUAUGGCUAUACACUGAAUGAGGGCUAUCGGAAGAAGGACGGAUUAAUUAUUGAAAAAGAAAUCCAGCUGCCAAACCAAAGUCUGUAUUUGUUCCAUUUGAAAUGUGAACUACAACCACAUGACUUCCAUUAGCAGAGGAAGAUGCAAUACCAAACUGAUUUAAAAGUAUGUGGCUUAGUGAUUGACUUCACUGUGUAAAAAUGAACAAUAGAUUUUUUUUUUUUCUAAAGCUGUUGAUGUGGAAAAGAUUUGUUCUCAUGUUACACAUGGCGUAUGUUUCAGAAUUAGUUUUAUUUUUCUUUUGUGUGCGGUGUUAACUCUCGUUACCCUCUCUCCUGUGUUGGUGUGUGAGAGCCAAGUCGAUGUCACAGCAAUACAUGGAGGUCCCUGAUUUUUAAACCAAAGGAGACAAAGUAGGCGACGGUAUUAACAGUCAGUGUGUUAAAGCCUGCAGUUUUGGUUCAUUUAUUAUUCAGGAACCCUAUGCAAGAAAGAGAGACAUGAAUCAGAAGCCUUAUUAAAUAGCAAAUCUCUAAUGGAAUAUGGGUUAUCUGAGUUUUCCUCAGAAGAGGUCUCAGAGCCACUAGAGUGUAACAAGCUGGGGAAAGACUAGGUUAUAUUCAGAUUGAUGUUCAGAAUAAAGAUGUUCAGCAUUGUUCCCAUCUCUUUUGCUCUCUCUUUGUAAGAGAUUUAAUGUAUUCAACCCCUUUUUAGGGUUUAAAGUUUUAGCUCCAUUUUAAACUUUUAUCUUGGUUUUCUUUGAUAAACUGUAUUCAGUGUGCUUGAGUGUAUUCAAUCUCCAUUCAUUCAAUCUUCAGUUGUAUGUUGUUGUUUUUUAUAUGUCCUUAAAUCAUGAAUGCAGUGUCUUGUGGUAUACUGCUGAAACAUGCCCGGGCCUAUGCCUCUGCUCAGCAGAACAUUCAAAAUGGCUCCGGUUGUGUCAUUAUCUCUUACUGGAGAUGUAAGCAUAGCUGUUGCACCUCCUUCCCUUGGACUUGACUCUUCGUUUAUUUGUUCUCUAAUGUUGAACAAUGCUGCAUUUGUGUCAUGUGAUAAUUCUAUUUAUUGAGUGUGUUCAUGGACCUUACACAUGCUGUGUGAUUUGUGCUUAAGUGACAGUUUGUAUUUUUUUGUAAAAUAUUUCAAUAAAACUAUUUUUACUACACAA